UGCAGGGUUUUACAUGUUCAUCACAUCUGGGUCAGGAGGCCCUGCAUGCCUGCAGCGGCGGGACAGGCGUCUGCAUGUCUGCUGUCAGGACGGACACAUAAAUACCUGGGCAUCCAGAGGCUGCUUUCACUGACAGACUGUCUGCAGGUGGAAGACAGAAGAGGAGGCUCAGAGACGCCAACAUGGUCCCAUUGAGGCUGGUCGCCUUUGGCGUGCUGGCUGCUGCUUGGUAUUUCACUCGCAUUGCAGAGGGAGAGGUCAUUUACGCCUGUUUCAAUCAAACCGCUAAGAUGUCAUGUGAGGUUGGCACUAAGAUAAAGCUGGAUCACAUCCUUUAUAAGGUUGGGGUAGGGACGAGGUGCGGGGAGGGAAAACCUUACCCAGAUGACGGACCGGACACCUACUGCUCAUUCCCCUGGGCUGAAAUGGUGGUGGAGGAUCUCUGUGCUCACAGGAGGUCCUGUGAGGUCCCAGUCACUGAGCUGGUGUUUGGUGAAUAUCCCUGUAAGGAGCAGACCCGUUACCUGGAGGUGUCCUACACCUGCGCCAAACCCCCAACUCCUCCCCCUCCACCUCCACCACCUCCUCCAACCAAACCUGACUGUGAAGACAAAUCAACCGAUAAAGCCUGAUGCCUUUUUUAACUUUGUUGUUCGUCACUGUGGACAAAACAGUUUGAAGACACAUCACCUUCAUUUCAAACAUCUGAAAGUCUUAGUAAAUAAACUUUAUGUUGUCUUUUGUUUUCUACUGUCUCACAAAACUAAAUAAAAUCUUUUAUAAUAGA